AUGGCUAAUAGAAAUAAAGGUCAAGCCGCCGCCACCGACAGUGGUGGUGGAAGAGAAAGAGACCGAUCUGGUGGUAGAAGAGACACGUCUGUCUCUCGUGAAAAAGGAAAGGGCGUUGCCCCCGCACUAUCCGACGGCUCUGGUGGUUCACUGACCGUUAGUGGUCGUGGAGGAGGAACCGCCGGAAGUGGUGGAAGAGGAACCACCGAAAGUGCUGGACGAGGAACCACCGGAAGUGGUGGAAGAAGAACCACCGGUUCUCGUGGAAGAGGAGCCGUCGGUUCUCAUGGAAGAUCAACAGUCGUCGGUUCUCGUGGAAAAGAAACCGCCGGAGUUCCAAGCUCCACUGAUGCAGGCAGUUUUGGCUCCAAACGCCGAGCCGCUUUUCCCGUCGACAGUGGUGGUGGGUCCAAACGCACUGGUGUGGAGCCGACGCCGGUGCUUCUACAUCCAACGGCGGUGUACAUGGUGGCACUGAUGUUCGAUUGGGAUAAUGGUAAAUUGGGUCGUGUGAUCCCUGGAAUUCUGCGUGAUAAGUUUGAUGGACCUUACUACAGCUGGAAGGUUACUCCUAGACACGUCCAAGAACGAAUUUUCAGAACCUUUGCGCGGAUGUACCACUGGGAUGUUGGACUCACUCCAACUGUUAGGAAGCAUUUCUUGGCCAUUGCAAAGAAGAGAUUGAGAGGCAUUACUCCUGAGGCCCAGGACAAGAGUGAUACUGCUUCACAGUGCUGCAACUCUGAUCGUGGAGGGCUAGGCAUCACGAAGCAAGUAUCUGGUCAGAAAUCGUACUUGAGAGUGCAACAAGAAAUGGAGGAGGAGUUUGGUCGUCCUGUAUCGUGGGGAGAAGUGUUUCAAAGGACUCACACAAAGCCAGAUGGAACAUUUGUUGAUUUCAAAGCUCAACAAGUUCAUGAGGCUUAUGAGAAGCAACUGAAUGAAGCUAUGCCGGAGGAAGAUCUUCAAGGGUCUGGGAUAUUAGGGAAUUCUUCUCAACGCUCUACCCAGCGGACACUAACCAUCGAGGAAAAGAAUGAGAUAUUCUGCAAGUGUACACAGACUGAUCCGAAAGGAAUCAUCUUUGGACUUGGGGAACUACCUCUGAUGGUUGACAGCAAAAAGGGGAAAGAAAGCUUUGCAAGCUCCACUGUGCCGGAACUUUCACUGAUCCAAGACCAACUACAGGAAGCUCAGCGUAAGAUUGAUGCUCAAGAGGAGGAAAAUGCUCGGCGUGAUGAGGAACACUGCAAGGCUCAGGAAAAGAUCUCUGAAAUGUCAAAGUUUCUAAGGUACUUGAAGAACAAAGAUCCCCUCAGCGCAGAAUACAUGGAUAAACAAGAUGAGCAGGAGAACAAUCUCACCGACGCACCAGCCUCUGCACAAGACAAGGAACCAGGCAGCACACCACUCGAUCCACCAGCACCAGCCACCGCUUAA